ACAAAUUGCGAUUAAUAACUCAAAUAUAGUCAAAUUGUUACUUAAUUUUUGUGUAUUUUAAAAAUAACAAUAAACAAGAAAUAUUAUUAAUAAUUUUUCAACUGUGAUAUUAAAAACAAUUAACAAAAAUAUUACAUAAAAUAAUAAACAAAAAUAUAUUUUCAAAUUAUUAUAAUAUAAUGCGCAUACAUUAAUAUUAUUAUAAAUAAAAUAUUUAUGUAAAAUAAUAUUAUACAUCCAUAUAACAAUUAUGAACAUCAACGAUUUGUAUAUAUAAAUAUUUUAUUUUAUAUGAAUAAAAUAUUAAUUAUUAUAACAGAAAUUACAUAAGUUCCUAUAUAUAAUAUACUUAAAAAUAUAAUUGCAAAAAUUUUGGUUUUAUUUUAUUAUUUGGCAAAAAUUUUCUUGCAAUUUUUAUAAAGAAAAAAAUUUUAUUUUUUUCUUAUAUAUUAAAGAAAAAAAUUUAUAAUUUUAAUUAAAAAUGGAUACUGAUAAAGUUGUAUCAGCAAUGGCCCGCUGGUGGCAGACUGUCAGUCAAGAAGAUAAUGAUCCAUCAGCAAGAAAUCCUAUGCUGUAUGAUCCAUUACAAGAAGGACAAACUAGAACAUCAAAAACAAUGCAAUAUGUUGCUGCGAUCGUAGUUUGUCUUGGAGCAGUUUCAGCUGGUACAGCUUUAGCUUGGACAUCACCAGUUUUACCACAAUUAACAAUUGAUUUAAGUGCAAUUAAUGAAACUAUAGAAACACCAGAAGCUAUAGAAAAAUAUAAAGAAUUAACUAAUUCAACAGGAUUAUAUUUAGAUGGAAAUGAACGAUCUUGGGUCAGUUCCCUAUUAGCUAUUGGAGCUUUUUGUGGUGCCGUUCCAAGUGGUUUUGUGGCUGAUUUAAUUGGUCGAAAAUAUACUGCUCUUGUAAUGGAUAUACCAUUUAUUGUAGCGUGGAUUAGUAUUAUAUUUGCUAGCGGACCAGGAGCUCUUUAUUUUGGACGAUUUUUAAUUGGUCUUGCAACCGGAAGUUAUUGUGUAAUUGCCCCAAUGUACAUAUCAGAAAUUGCUGAAACAAGUAUACGUGGUUCACUUGGAACAUUUUUCCAAUUAUUUCUUACUAUUGGAAUAUUAUUAGUUUAUUUAUUUGGUAGUUUUGUUACAUGGAAAACUCUUAGUACAUUAUGCUUAUUUAUUCCACUCGCAUUAUUUGUAAGCAUGUUUUUUUUACCUGAAACACCGACAUACUUAUUGAAAAAGGGACGACGUGGUGACGCUGCUUUAUCUUUGAAAUGGUUAUGGGGACAUUAUUGUGACUCACGAUCAGCUAUUCAAGCUAUACAAAGUGAUUUGGAUUCAUCAGCAGGAGAAGCUUCACUUACUGAUCUAUUUACAAAUAUAGCAAGUAGAAAAGCAUUAAUUAUUGGUUUUGCACUUAUGUUUUUUCAACAAUUUUCUGGUAUCAAUGCUGUCAUCUUUUAUACAGUACCAAUUUUUAAAUCAGCUGGAAGUACAUUAGAUGCUGAUGUUUGUAGUAUAAUUGUUGGUAUCGUACAAGUUUUAAUGACAUUUGUUUCAUCAUUAUUAAUUGAAAGAGCUGGCCGAAAAAUGUUAUUACUUUUUAGUAGUACAAUUAUGUGUAUAUGUUUAGCUAUACUUGGUGCAUAUUUUCAAAUGAAAGAUAAUGGAAAAGAUGUUUCAUCAAUUGGUUGGUUACCACUUUUAUGUGUUGUUAUGUUUAUUGUAACAUUUUCAAUUGGUUAUGGUCCAAUACCAUGGCUAAUGAUGGGUGAAUUAUUUUUACCAUCUGCAAAAGGAACUGCAUCAUCAUUAAUUGUAAUGUUUAAUUGGACAUCAGUAUUUAUUGUAACAAAAUGUUUUGAUAAAAUGAUUUCAUCAUUUGGUUCCGAUUUUACAUUUUGGACAUUUGGUGCUAUGAUGGCAUUAGGUACAGUUUUUGUAUCAAUUGUUGUAUUUGAAACGAAAGGAAGAAGUUCUGCUCAAAUACAAAUGCAAUUGUCUGGAGAAAAACCUGGAGAAAUUUUUUGAUUAUUGAAGAAUUUUAAUAAAUAUAAAAUAAAUUUUAAUAAUUUAAUUAUAAUUUUAAUUAAGAAUACUCAUAUAUUAUUAUAAUUUGUUAUAAUAAUAUUAUGUAAUUUAAUUUUCAUUUUGUUAUAGUUCAAGUUAAAAUUUAAAAAGAAAAUGAAAAAAUGUACAUGUAUUGUUUAUGUAUAUUAGUUUUUGAGAGUACUGCGUUUUAGAAGAUAUAUACAUAUAUAUAUAUAUAGUUCAAUAUUAUGUAACCAAAUAGUUUUAUUCUUAUGUUAAGUUUAAAUAUUUAAGAUUUAUGAAAAUUAAAAAAAAAAAUUAUUUUUUUUUUUUUUUGUAAUUGGGAAUUCAAAAUUUUCUCGCUUAUGUAAAGUACACAUAUUAACGUAUUGGAAUGACUUCGAAAUUAAAAUGUCUGUUAAAAAAAAUUGGUGAAAAUAAAAAAAAAACUUAAAACACGAA